GCUUCCGGUCCGUUGGGGUGAGGUAGCACCGAACUGUGGGAGGGCCUGGGGGGCACGACCGGGACCCUCCUGAGCACAGAGCCGCCAUGGCCCUGCCGGAGUGGCACAUUGCCGUGAAGCUGGCGGAGCAGCCGCUGGCCCCCAAAUCCAUCCUGCGCCUGCCGGAGACCGAGCUGGGCGAGUGUCCGCUGGGCGGCUGCAGCAUCUCGCACCUCAAGCAGCUCAUCGCAGGCAAGCUGCAGGAAUCCAUGCCGGACCCCGAGCUCAUCGACCUGAUCUACUGUGGCAGGAAGCUGAGGGAUGACCAGACCCUGGAUUUUUAUGGAAUCCAGUCUGGCUCCACCGUCCAUGUCCUGCGCAAGUCCUGGCCUGAGCCUGACCAGAAACCCGAGCCCGUGGAUAAGGUGGCAGCUGUCCGGGAAUUCCGUGUCCUGCACACUGCCCUGCACAGCAGCCCAGCCUACAGAGAUGCUGUCUUCAAAAUGCUGGGAAACAAGGAAUCCUUGGAUCAGAUAAUUGUGGCUACUCCUGGCCUCAGCAGUGACCCUGUGGCUCUGGGAGUUCUGCAGGACAAGGAUCUGUUUUCCGUGUUUGCAGACCCCAGCAUGCUGGACACGUUGAUCCCGGCUCACCCUGCCCUGGUGAACGCCAUCGUGCUGGUGCUGCACUCGGUGGCCGGCAGCACCCCCCUGCCAGCCCCGGACACGUCCUCACGGGCCAUGGCCUUGGGCUCCUACCGGGACAUGCCAGGUGGCUUUCUCUUUGAGGGGCUCUCUGAUGAUGAAGAUGACUUCCACCAGAGCACGAGGUCCACCCCUUCCAGCAGCACCUCUGGCUCGCGCCCGGCCUCGCUGGGCUACGCGGGGGCGGCGGGGCCUCGGCCCAUCACCCAGAGCGAGCUGGCCACAGCCCUGGCCCUGGCCAGCACCCCCGAGAGCAGCUCCCACACACCCACCCCGGGCACUCAGGGCCACUCGUCCGGGACGUCCCCGAUGUCCUCCAGUGUCCAGUCAGGGACACCCAUCACCAAUGACCUGUUCAGCCAGGCCCUCCAGCAUGCCCUGCAGGCCUCAGGGCAGCCCAGCCUCCAGAGCCAGUGGCAGCCCCAGCUGCAGCAGCUGCGAGACAUGGGAAUCCACGACGACGAGCUGAGCCUGAGGGCCCUGCAGGCCACAGGAGGGGACAUCCAGGCUGCCCUGGAGCUCAUCUUUGCUGGGGGAGCUCCCUAAAUCUUCCUGCUGGGCUGGACUCAGCACGGAGAAGGGAAGAGGUGCUGGAGAUGUGACCCCUCCAAUUGUGCAAUGUUUGAUCUGUCCCCACACUCUGCCUGUUGUUUUAUCCUUGCAUUAAACAGACCCUGGGCGGUUCCCUG